CUUUGCUUCUUCUGUCCACUUCUCUCUGCACAAUCGUCCCAAGUUUUUUUUUGGAACGUUUCCUACAAUUUUCUGUGAACAAUUUUCUAAGUGAGAAAGAAGAAGAAGAAAAAAAAAUCAUCAUGCAGCCCCUAUUCAGACCGAUGGAAGGACACCAACUCCACCACUUCGCCAACUUCCACCAUCUCAACCAUCAUCACGAAGCGAUGGCCGCUGCUGCCGCCGCAGCUGCCGCCGCCGCUCGGAUGAACUCGACUCCCGUCAGCGACGAAGAGCUCGACAUGGAUGAUUCCGUCUCCUUGUCCAGCAACCAAGACGGUUCUUGCACAUCGCCAUCAGCUCCUCGUCAAGAUAAAGUCACUGAAUCUCAUCAGAAUAACAUGGCCGCUGGUUCAGCUUCGAAUUCAAACAACAUGGGAUCAUCGGCUGACGCCAAUCAACAAGGUCAAGGCCCGGCUGUCCGUCGCUACAGGACGGCUUUCAGCCGCGAACAAUUGGCCCGUCUGGAGAAGGAAUUCCUCCAGGAGAACUACGUCUCUCGCCCAAGACGCUGUGAACUCGCCGCCCAGCUCGGUCUCCAGGAAUCGACGAUCAAGGUCUGGUUCCAGAACCGGCGCAUGAAGGACAAACGCCAACGCAUGUCCCUCGCCUGGCCCGUCGCCGACCCCAUGUUUGCCGCUUACCUCCUCCAAGCCGCCGGAUACCCUUACCCACUGCCCGGCAUGCCGAUGAACCCAGCCGCUUGUUACGGACAAGUGCCCCAACAUCAAUCAGCCGCUGGAUCUAUCGGCAUGAAUCGAUACUCUCCUUACGGAGCUAUGCCACUCCGCCCUCAUCCGCACACUCCACCGACUGCCCAUCACCCCGUUUUCGGAUUCCCAGGAGCCACUUCAUCGCCGCUCUGCCCCAGCUCUCUUCGCUUGCCCGCCGGACAGUAUCCUAUCCCAUCCAGCGCUGGAAGUCCAAGCAGCAGCAAUGCCAACAAUGUCCCACUGUCGUUGAAGAUGCCCCCAACUCCUCCGGCCCAUCCUCAACUUCGUCUGCCCACAUCUCCGUCAGCUUUGAGCGGAGCCAGCCGGACUCCGUCUCCAGUCUCUCCGCUGUACAGCUCGAAUUCGAUCAGCAGCAGCACAACUGCCCAGUUGGCCGGCAACGGACACAACAGCAGCUUCUCUUGCGAUCGCUCCGACCGCUCGGAUCGCUCCGUCAGCUCACCGAUCACACCGCCUGCCACUCAGACAUCACCGCCAGCCAACCCACCUCGUCUUUUCCAGCCGUACAAAUUGCACGACCUGCCAGCCGAGAAAGUUUAAAACGUUUAUUUUUUUUUUGUAUGUCCCUUUUUCGAUGCGCUACAUAUUAACCAACUGCUACACACCCACAAAAGUUCCUCAGUUUUAUUAAUACUCGUUUGAAUUUGUUUUCAUUCUGUGUGUCAUCGAGCUGAAUUUUUUUUUUCGUUUUACUGAAUUCCGUUGAAUUAUUUUGUAAAUAAUUUUGUCGUUUCAAUGUCCUACAUAA